CACUUCCCCUAUUAGCAAUAUCGACUCUCUCCUCCUCUCUCUCUCUAUAUCUCUCUCCAAAAUCCUAAUCUCUCUCUCUCUCUCUGCCCCAAAGGAUGUUAUAGAUCUGCAGAUCUGACUCUCACAAAAGCAGAUGCUAUUUGGAGAGAGAAGGUAAAUAGAAGCACAGAAAGUCUUUCUAUUUUUGGGUUUAUUGCAUCCGUUUGGAUGUGGAGGAGAAUGGGCGGCUCGCUUGGAUGAGAUGAGGGAUGUUAUCAGGGUUGAUGAACUUUCUGAGGUCCUGUUGGCGCUCGUCGUCAGAUCGGUAUGUUCAUACGGGAUCAGAUGCUGUGGGACGCCAAGACGGGCUUCUAUGGUACAAGGAUACCGGCCAGCACUUGAAUGGCGAGUUCUCCAUGGCCGUAGUUCAGGCCAACAACUUGCUUGAGGAUCAGAGCCAGAUUGAGUCGGGCCCUUUGAGCUUGCAUGAGUCGGGGCCCUAUGGAACCUUUGUUGGUGUGUAUGACGGGCAUGGAGGACCUGAGACGUCGCGGUAUAUCAACAAUCACCUCUUCAACCAUCUCAAGAGGUUUACGUCGGAGCAACAGUCAAUGUCAGCAGAUGUUAUACGGAAAGCAUUUCAGGCGACAGAAGAAGGGUUUUUCUCUGUCGUCACCAAACAAUGGCCUACAAAACCCCAGAUUGCGGCAGUUGGAUCUUGCUGUCUGGUUGGUGUGAUCUGCAGUGGAACUCUAUACAUUGCAAAUGCUGGAGAUUCGCGUGCGGUAUUAGGGAGACUAGUCAAGGCAACUGGAGAGGUUCUGGCGGUCCAGUUGUCAGCAGAGCACAAUGCAUGCAUUGAGUCUGUUAGACAGGAACUGCACUCAAUGCAUCCAGACGACUCGCAGAUUGUAGUUUUAAAGCAUAAUGUCUGGCGUGUAAAGGGCCUCAUACAGGUAUCUAGAUCUAUUGGUGAUGUAUACCUAAAGAAGGCUGAAUAUAACAGAGAGCCUUUGUUUGCUAAAUUUCGCCUUCGUGAACCUUUCCGAAGGCCGAUACUGAGUGCUGAACCAGCAAUCUCUAUGCACAUGCUGCAGCCACAUGAUCAAUUUGUUAUAUUUGCAUCAGAUGGGCUUUGGGAGCAUCUUAGCAAUCAGGAAGCUGUCGACAUUGUUCAAAAUCAUCCACACAGUGGGAGUGCACGGAGACUUGUGAAGGCUGCACUGCAAGAAGCAGCCAAGAAAAGGGAAAUGAGGUACUCGGACUUGAAGAAGAUUGACCGUGGGGUCCGGCGGCACUUCCAUGAUGACAUCACAGUUAUAGUUGUGUUCCUUGAUUCGAACCUUGUGAGCAAGGCCAGGGGCCCCACACUUUCUGUGAGAGGGGGCGGGGUCAACCUACCUGCGAAUUCUCUCGCCCCAUGUGCCACACCCAUGGAACAUGGCUCCACCUAAUGGAGCCAGUUCCUGUCUACAAACUAACAAGACCCAUUUGGAUAUCCCCAAGAUUCCUCCCUCGCUGACCCACCAUCCAAUGGUACCCACGAUAGAAGAAAAUGGUGGGGCAAUGUCUUCAAUUCUAUAGAGUACACUGUGAAAUAUAUAUAUAUAUAUAUAUAUAUAUAUAUAUAUAUAUAUAUAUAUAUAUGCAGAGAAUGUCAAGCUUCCCUUCUUUACUCAAUGCUUAUAAUUAAUUAGGGACAUGUACUUUUUUUCUUUCUUUGUUUUUUCUUUUUUUUCGUUCUUUUUUCUUUUAUUGAAGUUUAUUAAGAGCAGCAAAGGAAAAGAGCUUUUCGAGGUGACACAAAUUAUUUUCUAGGACAGUUGUUUCUAUUCAUUUUCCUAUUUUCUUGUGGGGAUCUUUGGCUUUGUAAAUUGUGUGAAACACCUUUUGGAAAUUUAAGUUCCUUGCUUUUCUUUUC